AUGGAGGAGACUUCGACCUUCUCGUGUGCAACUAUUUUAUUAUUAGCAGUUUGUGUAACAGCUAAACCAUCUGGUAUAUUGGGACCAUUAUCAUUUGCAGCAGGACCAAUUGGAUUACCGGCACCAUUUGCAUUACCAGCUGGUCCAGUUGCAUUACCACCACCGAUAGCAUUAUCACCACCACCAGUUGUUACAACAGGUUUCUCAGCUCAUACACAUCAAAUACAUCAUGCUUUAGCAGUACCAGCACCAGCACCAGUUGCAAUACCAGCUCCAUUACCAUUCGCAGUACCAGCUCCAUUACCAGUACCAGUACAUCAUCAUCAUCAUGCAGUAUCAUUUGCAUCACCAAUUCCAUUACCAGCAGCAUUACCAGCACCAGUAGCAAUACCAGCACCAGUUACUAAAAUAGCUACACCAUUAUCAUAUGGUGCACCAUUACCAUUAUACAGUUCGUUUAGUGGACCACUUUUUGCCAAAUAUGCUGCUGCUCCAGCUAGAUUUAUUUUCUAA